AAGACUUGACUUGAACCGAACUGGUACAAAGCUUCUUUAAAAUCCAGGGUUCCAUAUUCCAUUGGUGUUGUUUCCCCCAGUCUUUCACAAAUUCAGAUCUGAGAGUUAAAACCUUUCCGGAGCUCUCGUCUUUAGGGUUCGCAAUCCGCAGAAUCAAGCAGUGUGAAUAUGAGGAGGUACAGCCCAGAGUACUACAGUCCUCCGAGGAGAGGCUACGGCGGCGGCGGUGGUGGCCGGGGAAGAAGCCCGCCGAGGAAGCGCAGGGAGCAGAAUAACGGAAGCCUUUUGGUCCGGAACAUUCCUCUGGAUUGCAGGCCGGAAGAGCUGAGGGUUCCCUUUGAGAGAUUUGGGCUUGUUCGGGAUGUCUACAUCCCCAAGGAUUACUAUACUGGGGAACCUCGGGGAUUUGCAUUCGUGCAAUUUGUGGAUUCUUAUGAAGCUGCAGAGGCUCAGUAUCAUAUGAAUGGGAAAAUUUUUGCUGGGAGGGAGAUAUCUGUGGUUCUUGCUGCAGAGACAAGGAAAAGACCAGAGGAGAUGCGCCAAAGAACUAGGGUCAGAGGGCCAUCAUCAGGCUAUGGGGACAGAAGAUCAUCUCAUUAUGGACGUUCUCGUUCUCGUUCACGCUCUCCACACUAUCCAUCAGGUUCAAGAAGUCGGUACCGCUCAAGGUCUUAUUCUCCUGCUCCAAGACGACGAGGUGAAUCUGUUUCGCCAGUUAGAAGGCGUGGUGACCACCCAAGGUCACCUCGUGACCAUCCACGUUCACCACUUGACCACCCAAGGUCAUCAAGGGAUUCUCCCCUUGAGAGAGGUGGUGAUCAUGAUCGAAGGCCAUAUUCUCCAGGUUAUGACAAUGGUGCUGGGCAAGCUGAAAAUGGAGAAGGGUAUGACAAGAAAUCGAGGUAUGAUGAGGAGAUUGAACCACGAGGCAAUUGGAGAUCUCCUGAUAAAGCAUCAAGAUCACCAUCUGGUUCUAGGUCCAGAUCUGCUGAGUUAUCACCUAGGCGCAGCAGAUAAGGACAAGGCAAUCUGAAGUCAUAUUUGGAAGAUUUUUUAAUCUUCAUGGUGUAAUAUUAGUAAUUUAAGCCGGAGUUGCGUUUUGUCUCAAACAUUUGGAACAAUUAGACCGUUGUUUGCUUGCGUUUGGACCAAUGAACAAUUAGACCCUGGUUUGCUUG